UGGCGGCAUCAGUACGUUUGUCGUUUGUGUUGAUCUGGUACGGAGCAACGAUUGGAUUUUUGUAUUUCGGGUGUUUGGUGAAAUAAAUUUGUUGUGAAGUGUUAAAAUGUUGAAUUUUGAGAGAGACAGGGACUCUGAUGAGGAUUACAUUGUUGAAGAAGUAGUUGAUAAGCGAAAGAGGAAAGGUAAAGUUGAAUAUUUAUUAAAAUGGAAGGGUUACCCAUGUGAAGAAAACACUUGGGAGAAGGAAGAUAAUUUGAACUGCCCCGAAUUGUUAGCUAAAUUUGAGAAGUCAAGUGCAAGUAAUGAAAAAAAUAAUGGAAUUGAAGGCCGUAACUCGGUGGAUAAUGAUGUGAAAAUUAGAGCCAAAUCCAAGAAAAAAAUUAUUUCUACUAAAAAAAAGAGUAUUGCAAAUAAAGCAAAAGCAAAAGAUGAAAAUGAGGCAGAGAAGAGCGUUUCAAAAAAUGUUACGAGAAAUCAGAAACCAUCACAGAAAAGGAAGGAUGGCAGUGGAAUUUCACCUAUUGGAAAAAAGUCAAAAGUUGAUAACCCUAAAAUAAAACCAAAUCGUCUAACUUCUAAACAGAGGGCUUUAAGUAAAGGUGAAGUAGAUGUCAAAGACAUCAAAGAAAAUGGUUCUAGCCUCCAAAAGCCUAAGAAUUCUGCAUCUGAAGUUAAAAGUUGGAAAGUGAAGUUGGCGAGUAGCAGUGAUAAAACGGAGGUAAUUGAAUCUAAAUGUAUUAAACCUAGUAAAGACCUUUCUGAGACAUCAAAGAAUAAGCCUGGAACAUCGGAAAAAAAUAACCAGUCAAUUCAGGUGGAACCAGAAAUAGGAUUUGACCGUGGUUUGAAACCAGAAAGCAUUGUUGGUGCAACAAAGGAUGAUGGGAAACUUUUUUUCUUAAUGAAGUGGGAGAACUGUGAUGAUGUUGAUAAGGUUGCUGCAGAUGAAGCAAAACUUGUUUGUCCUGACAUUGUCAUAAAAUUCUACGAAGAAAGGCUUUCGUGGAAGGAAUCUGAUAUUGUGUAGCUUACUGCGUUUCUCAAAUGUUGUGCUAUUUGUGCAUAUAUUUUUAGAAUAUUAACCUAAGUUAUUUUUCUGCAUACAUUUUAAAAUUAUAUUU